AUGACAUUAGAAAGCAGCGGCAAUGAUAACAAGAAUUUCAAGAAAGUCAAUAGGACAAGUUCUAAGCUAAAUGCCACGACUUUCGAGGAAUCGCUUCGAGAAAGACGAUGCAUUGUCAGAAAAUCGCAAAUGUUUGAAACUCUGCAGCAUGAAUUGGAAUCUUUCUUGGACCCAAUUCAGCAGAUACGAUGUUUGGCAAUUGGUAGUUUUUACGAAGAAUUCGCUGCGUUGUACCAGCUGGCACUUCUUCUCGAGCUGAUAGAUCACUUCAACGCUCACAGCGAAAAACCUCUGGAAGUGUCCAUCUACGAUCCAGUCUUUACAAAAGCAGACAAAGAAUUCAUAACGAAACAGGGAUCAAGCUGGUCAAUUGACGAGAGGUUGGAAGAGGGUUCAAUAAAACCUGAAAAUGUGCUAUUCUUUCUACCUCAUGCACCAUUGGACUUAACAGAAGAAGUCUUGGCGCUGGAGAAACCAAGACUAUUGCUAGCAAACCACGUUUCCAAACACGUCGAUCGAUAUACCAAGUCACAAUUGUAUCAAAAAUAUCCAAAACUUGCGAAACUAAACCAUUUGUUCGCCCCCAACGAUGUUCCUGCCACACCUUCAGACUUUCAACCUUUCAUUUCAAGACGAGCUCGUCGAAAACUCAAGAAUGUGUCAUCAGAACACUCCCCAGAUUACGACGCUAUAGAAACAUAUUUCAGACAAAUCACCAUGCUCACAGAUUUCGACAGCGGCAAAACACUGUCCAACGAACCCUGGCUUAACUCAUUCUCAGAUUUGGCACUCCAUCAUCUGCUUUAG